GCCGAGGUGCCUCUCCCCUGCAGCCGCCCGCUUCUUCCUUCAGCCCAGCCGGUGCGCACUCACUGCUCUGUGCGAGGCCGGGUGGGCAACCCGCUGCUGCGCUCGCAGUCGCCGCUGGUCCUGCAGCCAAGCUCCGGGUGCCGCCCCGACACGACUUGGCUGCGUGCACUGCUCGCCAGCGGUGGUCGGGGACAUGAGUAAGGCACACGGGGUCCAGCGCCCCGCGGCCAACCCCAGCUGGUGGCGGCCAGCGAGUCGGCGUUGCCCAAGAGAAUGAGGCUGGAGCCGGCGGCAGCUUCUUUCUGCUCCUUCUUCUUCUCCUCCUCGCCUUCCUCUGGCUCUGGCGCCCCAGGCCCUGGUAGGGCUGUGGCUCUCCUGCGUGCCCCGUGCGCCCCCCACCCGCCUCCGGAUGCGCUUCUCGGUUAGCCCGGUGAGGAAGAUAAAGACAUUUGCAACCAAGAUGGUCAUCACAGGUGGCAAUGACGAAGACAGGGGAGGCCAAGAGAAGGAGAGUAAGGAAGAGAGUGUCCUGGCCAUGCUGGGCAUCAUUGGGACCAUCUUGAACCUAAUCGUCAUCAUAUUCGUCUACAUAUACACCACUCUUUGAAGGGGGCCCUGGUGGCCUAGGGAUGGUCCCCGGAUAGCAGCCCCAUGGGUGGCCACGUCUGUGAGCUGCCAGGGCAACAGCAAAAAGGUGUGAUCCCCACGCACGCCA